CACGAGAUUCACUUUCAGUUUCAGAUGUACAUCUGAAUGUAUAGGAACUAAUGUCAUAGAGUGCUUAGACAAUCAAGCUGACACCAUGGCUGAAGGUGGGACCAAUAAAAUGAGCUUUCAUCUGGAGGAAAAGAAGGGAGACCUAUUCAGCUGCCCUUCCACUUUUUCACUCGCCCACUGUAUAAGUGAGGAUGUCAGAAUGGGCAAAGGAAUUGCUGUACUAUUCAAGAAAAAAUUUGGAGGUGUAGAGGAAAUUAAAAAGCAAGGGGUGAAGCCAGGUGGAGUGGCAGUGUUGGACAGAAGUGGCAGAUAUAUUUACUAUCUUGUGACCAAGGUUAAAUACAGUGAUAAACCAACAUAUGACAGUCUAAGAGCUAGCCUGGAGGCCAUGAAAGACCACUGUCUAAAACAUCAAGUCAGACAUCUUGCUAUGCCCAGAAUCGGUUGUGGAUUGGACCUUCUCAAGUGGGAGGAGGUCUCACUGAUUUUAGUGGAAACAUUUCAUGAUACAGAUAUUUCUAUUACUGUAUACAGUUUAUGAAACAGUUCAUGAUACAGAUAUUUGUAUCACUUUAUACAGUUUAUGAGCUGUAGAUUUCGCUUGAUCUGCUGACAAUGACUGAAUGCUAUUGUAUAUGAAGAGGACUGUGAAUUGACCAUUUUUUUCUUCUGAAAAGUAUUGUAAUUGUAUUCAAUUUUUUUCUUUGUUGACAUACAGGUUCAGGAAUAUAUAACCUACAUGCAUGUGCAAGAUUCAGACCUUCUACAGGAAGUAGCUAGCAUAUUUUUUUCUCUCUUUUCUUAUGUUGUUGUUGCAGUUUUAUUAUUGCAUGUCAUUAAAAUGUUAUCAUAGUUCUUUACAGUAAUUGUGAUUAAAAUUCAGGAUUUUUUUUUAAAUCAGCCUACAGUAUAUGAUUUCAUUAAAAUGUCACUGAAUGAAGA